AUGGUGUUACCUCUCCAAGGACGAGCAAGCUAUAUGCCCCGACUCUGGUGCUAUAUAGUUGACAAUGUUCAGGCCAAGUGCCGCAAAAUAAUAGCAGCUUCAGCACCACUUGGGGAAGCUGCCAAGAUGGUUAUGCAAGCCAUAGGCAAGAAAUUAGCCAAAUCGCUUUCAAUCACGCAAGAUGACAUAUCCACUGAUAGGAAUAAGCCAUUACAAAUGUGA